GGUGGCUACGUUAUGGGCGCCACGCUCUGCCCCCGCGGGGUCCUCGGCGUCCUGGUCCUGGCCGGCUUCCUCCGGACAGGCUCUCCUCAAUCGACCAUCAGUUGGGCCAUCCCGCAGCUGGUCCUGGAGGCCGGCAACUCGCUCGACCUGUCAUGCAACCUCAGCAGCCCGGUCUGGUGGAGUUUCCAGAACUGGCCCCCCGAGAAGAAGGUCAUCAGUGACAAGUUCUACAAGAAGAAGGCGACUGCCCAUGACACGGGCCGGUACACAUGCACCGACAGAGACCUGAAUACCAGCUCCGUCUAUGUCUUCGUCAAAGAUCCCAACAUCCUCUUCCUGGUGGAUUCUCUCCUGUAUGGGAAAGAGGACAGUGAUAUCCUGGUCAAGUGUACCGUGACCAGCCCGGCCUUAUCCAACAUCACUCUGCACGGCUGCGAUGGGAAUCCUCUGCCUCCGAGCCUGAAGCUUGUCUCCAACAUCGAGGAGGGCAUCAUCAUAAAGAGCGUCCAGCGGUCCUACAACAAAGCAUGCUUCCAGUGUGCGGCCUACGAGGGAACUCACCUCAGGCUGUCCGAAAAGAUGACGCUCAAAGUGCGAUCAGUUCGCAAGGCUCCACCCGUGGUUAUCCUGCCCAGGACGCACCAGCUCCUCCGGGAAGGGGAGAAAUUUGGAGUGACCUGCACCAUAAAGGAUGUGGACAGCUCAGUGGUAUCGGAGUGGAUAACCACUAACAACCGGACCAGCCGCCAUGCACCGCGGAGCAGGAACUUCGGUGAUUAUGAGUACGAACAGAAAUCCACGCUGAGCAUCGAUUCUGUGUGCGUUGGCGAUUCUGGGGUGUUCACGUGCCUCGCCAAUAACUCAUUUGGAUCUGCAAAUGCCAGCAUGACACUCCAAGUGAUCGACAAGGGAUUCAUCCACUUCCUCGCGGGGACCAACACCACGCUGUCCGUAAACGCCGGUGAAAACGUGGACCUGGUCGUGGAAUACGAGGCCUACCCGAAACCGAGCCGCCACGGCUGGGUGUGCCUGAAUGGGACGUCGACGGGCAGGUGGACGCAUCGCCCCGGCUCCGAGGACGAGGGCAACAUCCGGUACGUGAGUGAACUGCCGCUCACCAGGCUGAAGGGCACGGAGGGAGGCACCUACACGUUUUUCGUGGCUAACUCUGACGUCAACACCUCGACUGUGUUUCAUGUCUACGUGAACACGAAGCCGGAGAUCCUGACGACGGACAGGCUAGUGAAUGGCACUCUGCAGUGCACCGCCUCUGGGUUCCCCGCCCCCACCAUCGACUGGUAUUUCUGCCCCGGGGCUGAACAGAGGUGCUUGGCGUCCAUCCCCCCUGUUGAUGUGCGCGUGAAGAGCCCGUCCCGGUUCGGGAAGGUGGUGGUGGAGAGCACGGUGGACCCCAGCGCCCUGAGGAACAACGGCACGGUGGAGUGUAAGGCCUCCAACGGCGUCGGCCGGACCUCCGCCUAUUUUAGCUUUGCUAUUAAAGGUAACAGUCAAGAGCAAAUCAGCACCCACUCCCUGUUCACGCCGCUAUUCAUCGGCCUCGUGUCCACCGCUACGCUCUUGAGCCUCAUCAUCUCGAUUCUUCUCUACAAGUAUUUUAAGAAACCCAUGUAUGAAGUCCAGUGGAAAGUGGUGGAGGAGAUCAAUGGAAACAGCUACGUGUACAUAGACCCUACACAGCUUCCUUACGACCACAAAUGGGAGUUCCCCAGAAACAGGCUGAGUUUUGGGAAGACCCUCGGAGCCGGUGCUUUCGGCAAAGUGGUGGAGGCGACGGCAUACGGCCUGUUCAAGUCGGACGCGGCCAUGACCGUGGCGGUCAAGAUGCUCAAACCCAGCGCCCACCUGACGGAGCGGGAGGCCCUGAUGUCCGAACUCAAGGUCCUCAGCUAUCUCGGGAACCACGUGAACAUCGUCAAUCUCCUCGGGGCCUGCACUGUCGGAGGACCCACCUUGGUCAUUACGGAAUACUGUUGCUAUGGCGACCUUCUGAAUUUUCUGAGAAGAAAGCGGGACUCAUUUAUCUGCUCCAAGCACGAAGCUCAAGGGGACCUGACACUCUAUAAGAAUCUUCUGCACUCAGCGGAGGUCCUGGGCGAUGGCGCAGACGAAUACAUGGACAUGAAGCCGGGUGUUCCGUACGUCGUCCCGACCAAGGCCGGCAAGAGACGGUCAGCGGGAGCCGGCUCCUACGCUGAGAGGGAGGAUGGCGCCGCCAUCAUGGAGGACGACGAGUUGGCGCUGGACAUCGAGGACCUGCUGAGCUUCUCUUACCAAGUGGCUAAGGGCAUGAGCUUCCUCGCCUCAAAGAAUUGCAUUCACAGAGACUUGGCCGCCAGAAACAUUCUCCUCACUCACGGCCGGAUAACCAAAAUCUGCGACUUCGGCCUGGCCAGGGACAUCAAGAACGACUCCAACUACGUCGUCAAAGGCAACGCCCGGCUCCCGGUCAAGUGGAUGGCUCCCGAGAGCAUCUUCGGCUGCGUGUACACGUUCGAGAGUGACGUGUGGUCCUAUGGCAUCCUGCUCUGGGAGCUUUUCUCUCUCGGAAGCAGCCCCUACCCAGGAAUGCCUGUGGACUCCAAGUUCUACCGCAUGAUCAAGGAAGGCUACCGGAUGCUGAGUCCCGAAUGGGCACCAGUGGAAAUGUACGACAUCAUGAAGAGUUGCUGGGAUGCCGAUCCCCUGCAGAGACCAACGUUUAAGCAGAUCGUCCAGCUCCUUGAACAGCAGCUGUCAGACAGCGCCAUCAAUCUUUACUGCAACCUGUGCCCGUCUGCACCCCCCAGCCAGAGCCUGGCCCCAGUGGACCACUCGGUGAGGAUCAACUCCGUGGGCAGCAGCGCGUCAUCCACCCAACCGCUCCUGGUCCACGACGAAGCGUGAGGGGCUGAGGGGGCCGGGUGGUAGGCGGAGCCCCCCUCCCCCCUUCUCCAGCCGACCAGGUUCCGCAGCCCCUAACUGAGCACUCCCUCCAUCUCCCGGUUCCGGGGCCCGUCCCUCCCGCUUCCUCAGCCGAGCUUGAUUCUUCCGCAUGAUUCGGGCCCGGGGCCACCACUCGCCCUUCCUCCAGGUCUCGGGCUCCUCUCUGCCACAUCACCUGGGCAGGGGGUGGUGCCAGGCUCCGAGCCCUGGGCCACCCACACCCCUUCUGAGCACAAGCCAAGAAGCCCAGGGUCGGAGCAGCCCCUCAGCCCCCGCGGCUCGGACAAACGGUUUAGGGUGGGGAAGUGGGUUACUCUGGGGUACUGGGCCCUAGCCCACUGUUGCCCACUUCCCUCCCCGCACCUGCCCAUUGCCCAGAGAUGAUCACCGGAUGCAGUGAAGCCUCUGCCCAUGGUAGUGGAAGGCCUAGUCCCUGGGCCUCAGUCUUGUGUCUGUCCAGUGGCCCCCACG